UUACGGUGACGUAUCAUAUCAGGAAGUAGCAAGAUUUCGACGGAACUCGUAUCAGGGAGAAGAUGAGUCGCAUUUAUCAUAACACUGCGUUACAAAAUAAACCCGUGCAUAAUGAGAAACUGUCCUCCACCUGGGAUCCAUUAGUUUACCAGAGUGGUCGUGGUGUGAUUUUAGAGGGGACUGUGGUGGAUAUGUCACGCCAUGUCUUAACAGAUAUAAACAACAGAAAGGAGCGCUAUAAUGUUUUAUACAUCAAACCCAGACAAAUCCAUUACAGAAAAUAUGAUACUAAAGGAAAUGAGAUUGAACCUAACUUUAGUGAAACCAGGAAGGUCAACACAGGUUAUCUCAUGUCAUCCUUCAAGGUGGAGGCUAAGGGUGAAACAGAUUGUCUUGAUGAACACCAACUGAGUAAAAUCGUGAACAAGGUUGAACUGGUUCAAGUAACUGCAAGGCACUGCCCAAGUCAGACCUUUGCAUUCUGGAUCUCAGAGGCAGAGAUGGAGAAAACAGAAAUUGAGAUGGACCAAGAAAUUCGUCUUAAAACUAAAGGAGAUGGACCCUUUAUUUGUGAGUACUGUAGACACACAGCUGACAAUAGCAGGAACUCGCUUUGCCGUUGGAUCGGUCACAUAUGCUGUUCUGUUUGUUUGUGCUUAAUUUCCUUUGCCAAACUGGAUGGUGGUACAGUGACGAAAUGCAACUUUGCAGGAGAUGAGAAUGCAGGAGCAUCGUGGACGGAUAAAAUAAUGGCUAACAAAACAGAUGUGCAGAAUACAGGGAAAAGUGCAGGGCAGGGUGAGGGAGCGGAUGAGGAAGAAUGGGAUGAUUGAAGAACACCCUCGAGGUUAUAGGACCGGAUAGCAAAACAACACAGUGCCUUGUUCCCCAGAUAUAUAUUUACACCAUGCAACAAUUUUGUGCAAUAAAAAUGCCAUUUUAAAAUAUGGAUUUAUAAUGUGUACUGACAAUAACAACAAAAUAUCAAUUGUGUAAGAAGACAGCACUUUAUUUGAUUAUUUAGAAGAUUGACAAAUGCUUUGGGUAAAC